UGCAACUCAGGCUCAAAGCGAGAGGGAGAAAAUAAGAGAGAAAGAGCGGAGAAAAUAAAAUAAAACUUUCUCCCUCUUUUCUCUUGUGCCCUAGCUCUAUUUUUUUUCCUAAUAAAGGGGGGAUGGUGAACGCCGAAGCUAUUCGUAGUGCCGUUGGAGUUCUUGGAAAUAUCAUCUCCUUCGGCCUUUUUCUGGCCCCUCUGCCCACAUUUGUGGACAUAUUGAAGAAGAAGUCGGUGGAGAAGUACUCGCCGGUGCCGUACCUAGCAACAUUCAUGAACUGCUUGCUUUGGUGCCUCUACGGUCUCCCGAUCGUCCACCCUGACUCCCUCCUCGUCAUCACCAUCAACGGCUCCGGUCUCGUCCUCCAGGGCACCUACAUCCUCAUCUUCCUCAUCUUCGCCAACGAUGCCAAACAACGAUCAAAGAUCGUGGGGAUCCUUUUGGCCGAGCUUGCAUUUAUUGCCGUAGUUGCUGGGCUGGUGUUGUCCCUCACUCAUACCCACGAGAAGCGGUCUAUGAUCGUUGGCAUCCUCUGCAUUAUCUUCGGUGUCUGCAUGUACGCCUCUCCUCUAGCUGUCUUGAAGGUAGUGGUAUCGACAAAGAGCGUGGAGUACUUGCCCUUCAUGCCAUCAUUCACCAGCUUCAUCAACGGCGUGUGCUGGACGUCCUACGCCUUGAUCAAAUUCGACCUCUACAUGGUCAUCCCCAACGGCCUUGGUACUUUCCUCGGGGUCAUCCAGCUCCUCAUCUACGGCAUCUACUUCAAGUCCACCAAACAAGAACUGAUCUGCUCAGUUCAGUUGGAUAGCUAGUACUUUUUAGUACUAUCUUCUCCAAGCUGAUCGAUCCCUUUCUGUCUUGUGCUGUGUGUUGUUGUGGUGUCUGUGAAAUAUAUGCAAUGUGUGAUCUGCUGACUAGCUACUACGCACGUACUAUGCACGCACUGCCUCUGAAU